CCACCCCAUUAGCAACGACCUCUCCUUGUACGUACCUCCUAACUCAAUCUGCUAGCAACUUGUAUUAAAAGGAGAUCAUUGUCGCCGCCACUUCAUCCAAUAUUCCCAUCUUAGUUUCUCUUUCUGUUCUAUAAACAUGGACACAGAAGAGGGUGGAGUUACAGUAGCGGCUGUCAUGCAACGAGCAGAGAUCGACACCCGAGCGCCGUUCAGGUCAGUUAAAGAAGCAGUUAUGUUGUUCGGGGAAAGAGUUCUAGCCGGGGAAAUCUAUGGCAACAAGCUCAAAGAGAUUCGAGCUGGAGCAAGUGAAACUACUGGGCAUGCUCAAUCCAGAAUCGGAGCCCUAACAGCUGAGCUCGAAGAAACAAAGCAAAGCCUUGAGAAAGCUAGAGAAGAAGGUAACUUUAUGGCAUAUUGCAUGAGAUCCCUUAGAGAAGAGCUUGAACAAGCAAAGAAAGAAGUACGAGAGUUGAAGGCAAGAGAGUUACAAAAACAGCCGUUUGAUCCCGAGAUCGAAGACCUCAAGUUCAUGGAAAAUGCGACAAAGGUGGAGAUCAUGAAGACAAAAACUGAAGAAGCAAAGGAGUUUGAAAAGAAAAGAUAUGUGAAGUUUGCCAGCCCUCCUUCACUGGCUCAAGUUAUUAUCAGCAAAGAUCGUGAGUUACUAGAAAGACCCCCUUCUUUUAAGAAGACAAAGAAGAAGCCAUUGAUGCCAAUUAUAGGAUGGCUCUUUUCAAGGAAGAAGGGAGGCCACGAAGAUGACUCUCCAAGAGCCUGAGGCCCUUGCAGGCCAGGCUUCAUAUGCAAAUUUCCUUCACAAAUGCAUGUUAUUCAUAAUUAAGUUGGAAGUACGUCUUGAGGAGCAUUAAUUUUUGCGACGUCAUUAAAGCAAUUUUAAGUUUGUCAUGUCAUAUAUAUUAAAAAAAAAAAAAAAAAGAGAGAGAGAAAUACUUUAAGUUCAUAGAGAAAUAUUUUUUUUUUUUUUUUUUUUGGCCUAGUCAUUUCGAUUGUAAAAGAAAUUAUCAGCCCUCUAUAUAUCUCAGUUUGUUUGUCC